CAGCUGUUCAGUUAAUAUUUCGCAAUUGCAUUUCUGAAAGUAACAGUUUGGAUUGCGCAUAAAGAAAAAUAUACAUAAUAAAAAUAAGCAUGUCUAAGGAUGACAAGGAAAAAGUACAAAUCAUUGACAAAGAACUGGAUCUGUCUAACGCUGGACGUGGCGUCUGGCUAGUGAAAGUUCCCAAAUACAUUGCCCAGAAAUGGGAGAAGGCGCCAUCGAACAUGGAUGUGGGAAAGUUGCGCAUCAGCAAGACACCCGGUCAAAAAGCGCAAGUGUCGUUAUCACUCACACAGGCUGUGCUCGCCCUCGAUCCCGACGAGAAGAUACCCACCGAGCAUGUGCUCGACGUGUCCCAAGUGACAAAACAGACACUCGGCGUCUUUUCGCACAUGGCGCCAACGGAGACGGCAGUGGCUUCUUCUGCUGCAUCUAGCAAUGGCAAAGAGAAUGGUUCGAGUGCGUCGACAGCGUCAGCAACGCCAGACAGCGAGAAACUGUAUAUGGAGGGUCGAAUUGUGCAGAAGCUGGAGUGCCGACCAAUUGCCGACACUUGUUAUAUGAAACUCAAGCUAGAGUCUAUACGCAAGGCAUCAGAGCCACAGCGACGUGUGCAGCCCAUCGACAAAAUCGUGCAGAACUUUAAACCUGUCAAGGAUCAUGCACACAAUAUCGAAUAUCGUGAGCGUAAGAAGGCUGAGGGUAAGAAGGCUCGUGAUGAUAAGAAUGCUGUGAUGGACAUGCUCUUCCAUGCGUUUGAGAAGCAUCAAUACUAUAAUAUCAAGGAUCUGGUGAAGAUAACCAAUCAACCCAUUAGCUACCUGAAAGAAAUACUUAAAGAUGUCUGCGAUUACAAUAUGAAAAAUCCGCACAAAAACAUGUGGGAACUUAAAAAGGAGUAUCGCCACUACAAGACUGAGGAGCAAAAGGAUGAGGAGAAGGCAAAAUCGGAUGGCAGCAGCGAUUCUGAAUAGCAUUAUCUCAUCAUUAAAAUAUAUUGUAUUUACUACUUAUAUUAAGUUAAGCGACAGUAAAUCAAGCAGCAUUUCCUCCUGCACAAUUUUAACCAGAAAUUCCUCCAAAUUAUUUUAUUUAAUUUUC